GAGCGACACACAUACUGAGUGUGAAGUGUCAUUGUCAAUCUAGCCUUUCUCCUUGUGGCUGACAGUGACAUCGACAACCUCGCUCUUGUCACCCUGCUGCCUGUAUCUGUAUUCUUGUGGAAUGAUGACUGAUCUCAGGAUAGCUAAGAAUGCCUUAUUGGCUGGGUUGCCCAACAGUCCCCCCAGAAAGCCUAUUCUCAAGAGACGGAGCCUCAGUGAUAGCUCGGACCUGUUUGCCAUGAUCGAGAGGAUACAGGGUUGCAGAAUGGAUGAGCAGAGAUGCCCCCUCCCUCCCCCCCUCAAAACAGAAGAGGACUACAUCCCAUAUCCCAGCGUUCAUGAGGUUCUUGGUCGGACUAGCCCUUUUCCACUCAUCCUGCUGCCCCAGUUUGGAGGCUACUGGAUCGAAGGUACCAAUCAUGAGCUUAAAGACCCACCAGAGGCUGAUCAACCGCCCUGUGCUGCCUCCCACAUCAAACUGGAGACAAACAGCACCGCCAAGAUCUACAGGAAGAAUUUCAUGGGCAAGGAACACUUUAAUUAUUACACCAUGGAUGCUGCCCUGGGCCACUUGGUCUUCUCCAUGAAGUACGAUGUCAUUGGGGAUCAAGAGCAUCUGCGCUUGAUGCUUCGCACAAAGAUAAAAACUUACCAUGAUGUCAUUCCCAUUUCCUGCCUUACCGAGUUCCCCAAUGUGGUUCAGAUGGCCAAGCUUGUUUGUGAAGAGGUAAACGUGGAUAGGUUUUAUCCUGUCCUCUACCCAAAGGCAUCAAGGCUCAUUGUCACCUUUGAUGAGCAUGUGAUCAGCAACAACUUCAAGUUUGGGGUCAUUUAUCAAAAGUUUGGCCAGACUUCAGAGGAGGAGCUGUUUGGGAACAUGGAAGAAAGUCCGUCCUUUGUCGAGUUCUUGGAGUUUCUGGGCCACAAGAUUGAGCUUCAUGACUUUAAAGGGUUUCGGGGCGGGUUGGAUGUCACUCAUGGGCAGACGGGGGCAGACUCCGUCUACACAAGUUUCCAUAAUAAGGAGAUUAUGUUCCAUGUGUCCACCAAGCUGCCUUACACAGAGGGAGACUCGCAGCAGCUGCAGAGGAAGAGGCACAUAGGCAACGACAUCGUGGCCAUCGUGUUCCAGGAGGAGAACACGCCCUUCGUACCAGACAUGAUCCAGUCCAACUUCCUGCACGGGUAUGUGGUGGUGCAGGUGGAGAACGCGUGUACAGACAAUGUCACCUACAAGGUGUCGGUGACGGCGCGGGAUGAUGUACCAUUCUUCGGGCCCGCUCUGCCUGACCCAGGCAUAUUCAAAAAGGGCCCAGAGUUCCGCGAGUUUCUCUUCACGAAGCUCAUCAAUGCAGAGUACGCCUGCUACAAGGCUGAGAAGUUUGCCAAGCUCGAGGAGCGCACACGCUCAGCCCUGUUGGAGACUCUGUACGAGGAGGUGCACAUCAACAGCCAGUCCAUGAUGGGUCUGGGUGGAGACGAAGAUAAGCUGGAGAACGGUGCCGGCGGAGGGGGAGGAGGCUUCUUUGAAUCCUUCAAGCGGGUCAUCCGCAGCAGAAGCCAGUCUAUGGACGCCAUGGGCCUCAGUAACAAGAAGUCACACACAGUCUCCACUAGUCACAGUGGCAGCUUUACCCACAAUCCCGCAGAGAGCCCCAAAACCCCAGGGAUUUCAUUGAUCAUUCCUGGGAAAAGCCCAACCAGGAAAAAGUCCGGGCCCUUCAGCUCCCGUCGCAGCAGCGCCAUUGGCAUCGAGAACAUCCAGGAGGUCCAAGAGAGGAGCCGAGAGGUGUCACCAAGCACCCAGAGGACACUGGAGGGAACCCACUUUUCGCAGGAAAACAGAUCAGACAACUCCUCCAAUCACAGCUCUCCAGAAUUCCCCAAUACCAAGAACAGUUUGGCGAUGUGUUGCAGGGCGCCGUCCAUCCCCGAGGCUCAGGACCUUUCCCGCUCCUCCUCCAACGCCAGCAGCUUUGCCAGCGUAGUGGAGGAGCACGAUGCAGAGGAGGAUUACGACACUGGACUGGAAAGUGUGUCUUGUGUUACGCCACUCAAGGGGGAGUCAUUUGUGUACAGCUCUGCAGCAGACGACAGUGCGUGCAGUACCAGUCAGGGGAGUUUUUCAGCAGCGUCUCCUCCUCAGCAGCAACCGGACGGAGUGAAGACGCCGGAGCCAAAAGGGACAGACAGCCGGCCCAAGACAGAGCCGCCCUCGCAGGAGCACAAGUUCUCUUCGAACUGUUAGCCACACUCCUCUGAUCACUGCAUCGACAUCCAUCUUCAGCAUUACCAUAAGAGGCAUCUUUUGCCAAAUAUACGAGCCAAAGGGCAUUUGAACUCCACCAGUGACGGGGGAGAGGAGCAGAGUUAGAAGCCAGAUCAAGAGACUGAUGGAUCUUCCUUUGUAUGUUUGGUGAUGGAUCCUAUGGUGACAGACACCCAGCUCCAUGGACAUGUCCCUACCUAUCGCCCUCAUUCCAGCUCCAUGUGGAAACCCCUAACUUGAGUGCUCAAGGCAAAGGAGCAGAGACCUCCACC